CAUGCACUUAAGCGGCGGCGGCGGGCCGGGGUGGGGGUUGCGCCAAGAUGUCGACGGCGGCGGUGCCAGAGUUGAAGCAGAUCAGCAGGGAGGAGGCGAUGCGCCUGGGGCCGGGCUGGAGCCACUCGUGCCACGCCAUGCUGUACGCAGCUAACCCCGGGCAGCUGUUCGGCCGCAUCCCCAUGCGCUUCUCGGUGUUGAUGCAGAUGCGCUUCGACGGGCUGCUGGGCUUCCCCGGGGGCUUCGUGGACCGGCGCUUCUGGUCGCUGGAGGACGGACUGAACCGGGUGCUGGGCCUGGGCCUGGGCUGCCUGCGCCUCACCGAGGCCGACUACCUGAGCUCGCACCUGACCGAGGGCCCGCACCGCGUCGUGGCGCACCUGUACGCGCGGCAGCUGACGCUGGAGCAGCUGCACGCCGUGGAGAUCAGCGCGGUGCACUCGCGCGACCACGGCCUGGAGGUGGGGCCGCCGCCCGGGCCCCGUCCUCCGCCCUGGGGUUUGGCUCUGGCCCCGCGGAAGGCACCGAUGGGUGCUGGGCCUUGUGCGCGUGCCCCUGUACACUCAGAAGGACCGUGUCGGCGGCUUCCCCAACUUCCUGAGCAACGCGUUCGUCAGCACCGCCAAGUGCCAGCUGCUCUUCGCCCUCAAGGUGCUCAACAUGAUGCCGCAGGAGAAGCUGGCCGAGGCCUUGGCCGCCGCCACGGAGAAGCAGAAGAAGGCCCUGGAGAAGCUGCUGCCCGCCUCCUCCUGAGGAUGCAGGCACCUGCCAGGGGAUGGACUGGAAGCACAGGCUUCGUGGCAGAGCCAGCGCACAGGAGGCCACCACGGGCAGUCCCCUGCGGCCCACGCCUAGGACUCCCAUGGUGCAGUGGGAGUCUCCAGCCAGGCCCAAGGAAGGUGGUGCUGCUGGCUCCACCCCAGAGCUCACGGAGGCCGAGCGUGGGAGAGGCACUUUGCUACAGAAAUAAAUCCCUGUACCUUGCUCACUCGUGUCCUGGGGACGUGCUUGGCUGCUACAGCGGCUUCUGCCUGCAGUCUAGGUGGGUUCGGGGAGCCCUGUGGGUUUGGGGAGCCAAGGUGCCCGGGAUGGAGGAAGGAGCCCCCGCCCCCAGCAGCUAACACUGCGUCACAGGACCAGAACGGAGCCUCUCACCAACGAUGUUAAAUUUUUAUUUUCCAACUGAUGGGUUUCCUUCAGGGGCCCUGGGCUCCCGCAUCAGGGCAG